ACUAUCUUCUGGUGAGAAUUAACAAAACAAAAAAAGAAGCAACUCCUGAAGAAGGUAACUCAUCCCAUUACAAGGACAGGAAACCAAGGCUCACGGAGCCCAGUGGAGUCGGGGGGCGCUGGAGCCAGCAUGGGGUCCUGGACCACUCGCCCUUCCUUCUCCACCAUCUUUUUCUUCGUCGUCUUUGUGGUGUCUCUCAUCUUCCACUGCCACCAGCGCCUGGCCCUGGUGCCCGCCCCCUGGGCCUCCCGCGGCCUCGUGGCCCUGGGCCCCAGGCACCUCCCUGAGGGGGGCAUGUGGACCAUCAACUCCCAAGGCCGCCUGGGCAACCAGAUGGGCCAGUACGCCACGCUGUACGCCCUGGCCAAGCUGAACGGGCGGCCGGCCUCCAUCCCCGCCCAGAUGCACAGCGCGCUGGCGCCCAUCUUCCGGAUCUCCCUGCCGGUGCUGCACGGCGCCGCGGCCAGCAGGAUCCCCUGGCGCAACUACCCCCUCAACGACUGGAUGGAGGAGCAGUACCGCCACCUCCCCUGGGAGUACGUGCGCCUCACGGGCUACCCCUGCUCCUGGACCUUCUACCACCACCUGCGCCCCGAGAUCCUGCGGGAGUUCACACUGCACGACCACGUGCGGGAGGAGGCGCAGCGAAGCGUGCUGGCCGACCGCGGGUACCUGCGACAGGCCCUGGACUGGUUCCGGGCCCGCCACCCCGCCCCCGUCUUCGUGGUCACCAGCGAUGACAUGUCCUGGUGCCGGCGGAACAUCGACAGCUCCCUCGGGGACGUGGUGUUCGCGGGCAACGGUCGCCAGGGCUCCCCCGCCAAGGACUUUGCGCUGCUCACACAGUGCAACCACACCGUCUUCACCGUGGGCACCUUCGGGGUCUGGGCCGCCUACCUUGCAGGAGGGGACGCCGUCUACCUGGCCAACUUCACCCUGCCCCACUCCCGCUUCCGCACGAUCUUCAAGCCGCAGGCGGCCUUCCUGCCCCAGUGGGUGGGCAUCGCCGCCAACCUUGGGCCGGCUGGAGAAAACAGCCCCUAGCCCUGCACGUGUCCCUCCCUCAUCCUCCGGGGACAGGCGGUGUAUGGGGUCCAGCACGGGGGCUCAGGAUUGGACCCCCAAGUUUGAAUCCAGGCAGCUCUGCUUCUCGGCUGGGUGACCUCGACCAAGUGACUUAACCUCUCUGUGCCUUAGAGUGCCACCUGGAAAAUGGACGAGAUACAGAAGCUACCUCGGCAGCCGCUCCUGAGAACUCGGUUCAUUUAGAGCCUGGAAACAUGGUGAGUGGGAGCCGAGUUUUGCUCUCUUCUCUGCGGCUCUGGGAGCACAGAGGCCAGAUAUUUUGCCCUUGCCUCUUGGGAGGGUUUGGCGAUGAAGCCAUCCUGCCCUCAACUAAAGGGGAGUGGGUGUUUUUGGCAGCUAAGAAUUCAGGCUUCGGGUUUAAUGGGGCCUUAUGAAAACACACUAGAGGCC